GUCAAUCAAUUGUUUCUUGUGCCUUUUCCUUCCUGGGGCAGAUGAAAUAACUGGCACUGGAAUUUAAAAGUAAUGAAACAGAUGAAAUGACAUCCCUGGGGACACAAAUAUUCAAACUUUGUGUUCUGCUUCAUUUUUUUCUACUUGCAGUGAGGAGCAAAAAACUAACAGUAUUCCAAACACCAUCAGAGAUCAGAGCGUUGAAGGGGGACAACGUACAAAUAAAUUGUUCAUACAGUGAUACAGUUGAACAGUUCCGGAUUAUGUGGAAGCGUAAUACCAGUACACAAUUAUUCUGCCAUCACAUGGAAAAUAAAAUUAAUUGUUCUUCUAUCAUGCAUUGCACAGAACGUGCUAACAUUACGGUGGACUCCUCAACAAAAUCUUCAUCUUUGAUAAUCCACGAUCUUCAUUUAAGUGAUGCUGACAUUUACUUCUGUCAGGUUGAUUUUGAAAUUCCACCUCCUUCACAAUCAGCAAGAGGUAAAGGUACACGCAUUACAGUAGAAGCUCAGCCAACUGUCCAGUUAAUUGAAAGGACUCAACCUUACCCUAAUGAAGGAAGAGAGUUAAUCUGCACAUCACUAGAGUUCUAUCCUGAUGACAUUCAAGUGUCCUGGUUUAAAGAUGGACAGCGAAUCACCAAUAGCAUUAAGAAUGGGACUCUCUAUACUAACAGUGAUGGCUCAUUCUCCAUCACAAGUGCACUGAAUCUUUCUGUACUUGAGCAGAAUGAAACUGGAAUAUAUUCCUGUCAAGUGAACCACUCAACUCUUUCUGCACCCACCACUAAAAGGAUUCCUGUUUGUAACCAAGGUGAAAAAAAGUCCAUUCAUUGCAUUUGUUAG